UCCAUUUCUUCUAUUUCUGCAAGAAUCUUUCCUCUCCUUUUGCUUUUCUUCCCAGUCAGAGCUCCCCUUUUGUCUUUAAGACCAUCUCAUAUCUGAUGAUAAUCAUGAUAAAGUUCAUCCUUAUCGUCUUAUUAACUCAAAAAUCCAUCUGGGUAACAUCAAAUUCGCCUUUAAAUCUCUUUAAUCCCCCUCCCCUUUUGUGUUCUUGAUGUUUCAAUGUCUGUUUAUGUAAACUAUCUUAUACCCAUGUUGCCAAAUUGUCUUGAUGUGUAUUAUUAGUAGAGAAACAGGAUAUAUAGCUCAAAUUCUUUUGGUUUUACCCAAAUGGGCUGUCUCUAAGUGCACUUUCUGAGUUUUUCUACAAGAUUUCUGCUGGUUUGAACAUAGAAAAGUGUCAGAUUAUUAAUAGAAACUGGUUUUGUUUGUUGAGAUCUUGGAGUUUUGUGCUGUUGGUGAAGAAAAAUAUAGUUCCAAUAGUAAGUAAUCUGAUACUUUCUUGGGUUGUUAACUCUGCUUGUUAUCAUAUGCUUGUUGGCACUCCAUGAAUGUUCUGCUCCAGGUAUCUGCAUUUGGAAUCGAACGUCGGCUUUAGGCUUUUUCGACUUGUCUAAAGAACAUUGUUGUCGUUUCGAGCAGUCUCGAGCUAGUUCACUUUCAUUCUUCAACUGGUUCUGUUCAUAGGAUCAAUGGCUCAAGUGUUACGUAAUUCUGUGUUUCUAGUCAUUGUCGUCCUUUUUGUUAGAAUCGAUCUUUCACAGCAGUUUCAAUCGUCUCCGACUCGGACCCUUUUAAGAAUACAGAAGCUUCUGAACUUCCCAGCUGCAUUGAGUAACUGGAAUGACAGCACAGAUUUUUGCAACCUGGAACCGGAUGCCUCCGUGACCGUUGUAUGCUAUGAGGGAAACAUGACACAGUUGCAUAUAAUUGGCAAGAAAGGAGCUCUUUUACUACCCCGUAACUUUUCGAUGAGGGUUUUCGUUACUACCCUUGUUAAGCUUCCGGAUUUGAAAGUUCUUACAUUAGUUUCUCUUGGUUUAUGGGGGUCAAUACCUGGAAAAAUUGCUCAUUUAUCAUCAUUGGAAAUAUUAAACAUGAGCUCUAAUUUCCUUUAUGGUGCUGUCCCUCAGGAAAUGUCGUUGCUGUCUGGUUUACGAACGCUUAUACUUGAUGAUAACAUGCUUGCAGGACAGCUUCCUGAUUGGUUCAGCGUGCUUCCGCUUCUAACCGUUUUGAGCUUGAAACACAACAUUCUCAAUGGAUCAUUGCCCGAUUCAUUUAUUCUUGAAUUGGAGGGCAAUGGCUUUGGACCUCAAUUCCCUCAACUUGGCAACAAGUUGGUUACCCUGAAACUGAGUAGAAACAAGUUCAGAUCUUGUAUCCCUGCUGAAGUUAGCUCGUUUUACCAGCUUCAACGUCUGGACGUUUCAUUGAAUUCUCUGGUUGGGCCGUUGCCAUCGGUAUUGUUUUCUCUACCAUCUCUUUCUUAUCUCAAUAUAUCAGGGAACAAGCUCACAGGAAUGAUUUUGGAUAAUAUUUCUUGCAAUGAUGAACUUAAAGUUGUAGAUCUAUCCUCAAAUCUUUUGACUGGAAGCUUGCCGAAAUGUCUUCUAGCCGAUACGAGGAAUCGGGUUGUCUUGUAUCCAAGAAACUGUUUUGUCACUGGAGAUCAACAGCAGCAUCCAGUUUCGUUUUGUCGAAACGAAGCAUUAGCUGUGGGGAUUAUUCCUGAGGAAAAGAAAACGUACCAAUCACAAAAUACCUUUCUCGCCCCGAGUAUAGUUGGUGGUGUUGUUGGAGUGGUCAUUUUGUUCGGUAUAGUUUACUUGGUCGUAAGAAGAAAGAAUGAGAAGAAUAUGGUGAAGAAUCCUCCUACAAAUUUAAUAGUAGAGAAUCCUUCUGCUGGGUACACCUCGAAGCUGCUCUCGGAUUCAAGGUAUAUAUCUCAAACAAUGCCAUUUGCGCCGCUCGGCCUUUCAACUUAUAGAGUGCUCUCAUAUGAAGAGAUUGAGGAUGCUACCAACAACUUUGACUCUUCUGCGUUCAUGGGUGAAGGUUCUCAAGGACAGAUGUACCGAGGUCAGCUAAAGGAUGGCUCUUUGGUUGCCAUUAGAUGCCUUAAAAUGAAAAGAAGAUCUAGUAUCCAUAACUUCACGCAUCAUAUUGAUCUUAUUUCGAAACUCAGACAUCGUCAUUUGGUUAGUGCUCUUGGACACUGCUUCGAGUUGUACUUGGAAGACUCGAGUGUCAGCAGAAUAUUUCUCGUCUUCGAAUACGUUCCGAAUGGCACGUUGAGAAGUUGGAUAUCUGAAAGGCACACGAGGCACUCGAGGCGAUCGCUUGCUUGGACACAGCGUAUAGCAGCAGCGGUAGGAAUAGCUAAAGGCAUCCAGUUUUUGCAUACGGUUGCUGGCGUAUACUCGAAUAACAUUAAAAUAACAGAUGUACUACUGGAUCAGAAUCUUGUUGCAAAAAUUAGCAGCUACAACCUUCCUCUGAUGGCUGAGAGCAUGGCUAAGGUCAGUCGGGGAGUUUCUUCAGGUGGAUCAAAGGAUUCGAGCGAUCAAGAAAGGAUCAAUCAAGAAGCUCAAGCUGACAUCUAUGACUUUGGAGCUAUAUUAUUAGAAAUCAUUCGUGGGCGAUCCUUCAAAUCGAAAAACGAACUAAAUGCUCUAAGGGAGAAGCUACAAGAAGCCAUUUCAGGGGAUAGCGUUGCGCGAAAGAACGUAGUCGAUCCCGCCAUUCAAAACGAAUGCUUAGAUCAAUCAUUGAAGACAAUGAUGGAAGUUUGUGUGAGGUGUCUGCUCAAAGAUCCAAUAACCAGACCUUCCAUUGAAGAUGUUCUCUGGAACUUGCAGUUUGCUGCUCAGGUUCAGGACGCUUGGUGCGGUGAGUACCGAAGCAGCGACGGGUCUCCCGUCUCCCCUUCUCAACCGAAACUCUCAAUCUGCUAAGUCUCACAACGAGGUUCAUUUAGUUUAUCCAUAUCAGUUCUUGGAUCUUCAUAGACUCUGCUGCCAUGAGCUUCACUCUGUUAAAAGAACAGUUUAAGUUGGUUUAGUCUUCAAAAUGAACAAAGUUUGGUUUAAUCUUUUAAUCCUUGAACUUCAAGCAUAUGUUGUUUUAAACGUUACAGUGGUGAGCGUCGGAAAAUGAGUGUCCUAAACGUCUUCCUUUGAAAUUGAGUUUCUCGAGGACGAUGUUGAAAUUGAGUUGGAGGUUGAUAUAUGGGGUUGCUCUCUAGUACGGUAUUUGUAAAGAACUCAACAUGGCCACGGAAGGAUUCAUGUCUUGAUAAUACCCAGAUGGAUUGAUGUUUGAA